AUGCAAAAUCCAAAAGGAUUGAAGAAGGGCCUCCUGCAACAAUGGCAGGCAGCGAGCUCACCGAUGGAGAAGUUUGGCUUCUUGAAAGCCUUCUUGCUUGACCGCGAUUUAGAGAGCAUCGUUGUCGAAGCUUAUUAUGAGAACGAGAACAACGAGAUGUUCGAAGAAUUGCCGCUGUGCGAGAUCAGGCAGCGAUACUCAAAAAUUGCGGGGGGCGAACAAUUCGUCAAGGAGCUGGUGGAGAGUCAGAAGGGGAAAAAGCACCCACAAACAGAGAACCCGGAAUGGCGGAUCUACAAGGUAUUCAAGGCUGUGCAGCACAACAGCCCCUUGGUUCAUUUGAUGACCCCCAAUCUCAUGAACUGUAUAGACAACCCUUGCCCCUCAUAA